UUUCUUUUUUUCCCUCUCAUUUUCUCUCUUCAUUUUCACCCUCACUUCAUUCCACUCUUUUUCUAUUCUCUUCACAAUUUCAUCGCGCAUUCUCCAUUCUCGAUCCAACCAGUCCACACACUCCGAUCAACAAUGGUGGAUCGCAAAACAAAUCACUCUUCAAUUUGAACUCAGUUUCAGCUGCUUUAUAGCGAUCGCCAUUUUCCAAAGCACAUUUCGAACUUCGAAGCUCGUAACGUUUCUUUUUUUGUUUUUUUUGUUUUUUCCACGAAGCUUGUGUGUGGUGGUGCAAUGGAGCAGAGGAGAGGAGGACUAGUGUCGUUAUCGCCGUCGCAGCCUCCGCGCUCCGGCGGAGACAAGACUCCGACGUCGGCGCGAGAUCUGCGAUCUGCGGAUGGUCACAGCAAACACGAUAAGGACAAAGGCGUCAAUGUGCAGGUCCUCGUUCGUUGCAGGCCGUUGAGUGAAGACGAAGCGAGACUGCAUACGCCGGUUGUGAUUUCUUGUAACGAAGGAAGAAGAGAAGUUUCCGCAGUGCAGAGUAUAGCUAACAAGCAGAUCGAUAGGACAUUCGCAUUUGAUAAGGUUUUUGGUCCCAACUCCGAGCAGAUAGAACUGUAUGAACAGGCAGUGUCUCCUAUUGUGAAUGAAGUGCUUGAGGGCUAUAACUGCACCAUUUUUGCUUAUGGUCAGACAGGGACAGGGAAGACGUACACAAUGGAAGGAGGUGCAAGAAAGAAGAAUGGAGAAUUUCCAAGUGAUGCUGGUGUCAUCCCAAGAACUGUGAAAGAGAUUUUUGAUAUAUUGGAAGCUCAGAAUGCUGAGUAUAGCAUGAAAGUAACAUUUUUAGAGCUUUACAAUGAGGAGAUAACAGAUCUCUUGGCCCCUGAGGAGACCUCGAAGUUUGUAGAUGACAAAUCUAAGAAACCUAUAGCCCUUAUGGAGGAUGGGAAGGGGGGUGUUUUUGUCAGAGGAUUAGAAGAAGAGAUUGUUCGCACUGCAAAUGAAAUUUACAAGAUAUUGGAAAAAGGUUCUGCCAAACGGCGAACAGCUGAGACUCUUCUUAACAAACAAAGCAGUCGUUCUCACUCCAUCUUUUCUAUCACAAUUCAUAUUAAGGAGUGUACCCCCGAGGGUGAAGAAAUGAUUAAAUGUGGGAAGCUGAAUCUUGUGGAUCUCGCUGGCUCUGAGAAUAUUUCACGUUCUGGUGCAAGAGAGGGUAGAGCAAGGGAAGCUGGGGAGAUAAAUAAAAGCUUGCUUACUCUAGGCCGAGUAAUUAAUGCCCUAGUUGAGCACUCAGGCCAUGUUCCAUAUAGGGAUAGCAAAUUAACAAGAUUGUUGAGGGAUUCCCUGGGUGGUAAAACCAAGACAUGCAUUAUUGCCACAAUAUCACCCUCCAUUCACUGUCUGGAAGAAACCCUUAGCACCUUAGAUUAUGCACAUCGUGCUAAAAAUAUCAAGAACAAACCAGAGGUCAAUCAGAAGAUGGUAAAAUCUGCACUCAUUAAGGAUCUGUAUUCUGAAAUUGACAGGCUGAAGCAAGAGGUAUAUGCUGCAAGAGAGAAGAACGGAAUCUAUAUACCACGUGAUCGUUAUCUUAAUGAAGAAGCAGAGAAGAAGGCCAUGGCUGAAAAGAUAGAACGAAUGGAACUAGAGGCAGACUCUAAAGACAAGCAGCAACUGAUGGAGCUUCAUCAACUUUACAAUUGUCAGCAACUUUUGACUGCACAGUUAAGUGAUAAACUUGAAAAAACUGAGAAAAAUCUGGAAGAAACUGAGCGGUCAUUAGUUGAUCUUGAGGAAAGACAAAAACAAGCAAAUGCAACAAUAAAGGAAAAGGAAUUUCUGAUAUUAAAUCUACUUAAAUCUGAGAAAGCACUUGUGCAGCAUGCCAUUGAGCUGCGGGAGGAGCUUGAGAAUGCUGCAUCAGAUGUGACAAACCUGUUUUCUAAAAUUGAACGGAAGGAUAAAAUUGAAGAAGGAAACAGAAUACUUAUCCAGAAAUUCCAGUCUCAGUUGGCUCAACAGCUUGAAAAUCUGCACAAGACAGUUGCAGCCUCUGUUAUCCAACAAGAGCAGCAGCUGAAGGAGAUGGAGGAAGAUAUGCACUCUUUUGUAUCUACAAAGGCAGAGGCUACUGAAGAUCUUAGAGAACGGGUAGGAAAAUUGAAAAACAUGUAUGCUUCUGGCAUUAAAUCUUUGGACAAUUUAGCUGAGCAGCUUAAGGGAAAUAAUAAGUUAACUUUUGAGGAUUUGAAUUCGGAAGUAGCAAAGCAUUCAUCUGCCUUGGAAGAUCUUUUUAAAGGAAUUGCCUUAGAAGCUGAUUCAUUACUAAAUGAUCUUCAAAGUAGUCUCCACAAGCAAGAGGCCAAGUUAACCUCUUAUGCUCACCAACAAAGACAGGCACAUGCUAGAUCAGUGGAGACUACCCGUGCUGUAUCUAAAAUAACCGUGAACUUCUUCGAGAAAUUAGAUACACAUGCAUCCAAUCUAACCAAAAUAGUGGAAGAAGCCCAAAUUGCCAACGAUAAGAAAUUAUGUGAACUUGAAAAGAAGUUUGAGGAGUGUGCUGCUUAUGAAGAAAAACAACUACUAGAAAAAGUGGCAGAAAUGCUAGCAAGUUCAAAUGCUAGGAAGAAAAAACUGGUUCAAAUGGCGGUUAAUGAUCUUCGUGAGAGUGCGAAUAGUAAAACCAGUAAACUACGACAAGAAACAUUAACCAUGCAAGAUUCCACUUCUUCAGUUAAAGCCGAGUGGAGAGUUCACAUGGAAAAAACAGAGUCCAACUAUCAUGAGGAUACUUCCACUGUUGAAUCUGGAAAGAAUGACCUUGCGGAAGUCCUUCAGAACUGUCUUAACAAGGCAGAAGUUGGUUCCCAACAAUGGAGGAAUGCUCAAGAGUCUUUGCUCAGUCUAGAGAAAAGAAAUGCUGCUUCUGUGGAUACAAUUAUCGGGCGAGGAAUUGAAGCUAAUCAAGUUUUACGAGCUCGAUUCUCAAGUGCUGUGUCAACUACACUUGAAGAUGCGGAAGUAGCAAACAAGGACAUCAACUCAUCGGUUGAACAUUCGUUGCAACUUGAUCAUGAAGCGUGUGGGAAUCUGAACUCCAUGAUUACGCCAUGCUGCGGUGACUUGAGAGAAUUAAAGGGCAAUCAUUACCAUAGAAUUGUAGAGAUAACUGAUAAUGCAGGGAAAUGUCUUCUCAGCGAAUACACGGUGGACGAACCAUCCUGUUCAACACCAAGAAAAAGACCCUUCAAUUUACCCAGUGUUUCAUCCAUAGAAGAACUAAGAACUCCCUCAUUUGAGGAAUUGCUGAAGUCAUUCUGGGAUGCUAAGUCUCCAAAACAACAUGCAAAUGGUGAUGUUAGAUAUAAUAAUGGGAACUAUGAAGCUGCUCAAUCUGUAACAGAUUCCAGAGUUCCUCUCAUUGCAAGUAACUAGGAUAGUCGAAUAUUUGUACAUAGUUUAUUGUUUAAAUGUAAUUCUAUUGAGAAAAAAAUGCAUUUGUUUAUUGAGGGUUUUCUGGAGAAAGAAGGGGGAUAGAGAGUGAAAAAGAAAAAUAAUAUUUUUUCUGGAGGCAGAGGCAAAAAUAUGUAAAAUUU